CGGCCCUCGCUCCACACACACACACACACACACACACACCCCGGGAUCAGUGCGCCUCUGCUGCGGAGCUUUGCGCGCUGGCAGGCUGGAGAGAGAUGACAACAGCCCCGCGGAACUGGCCAGACAAACAUGGAUCCCCGUAAAACGCUGAUUUCGCUGCUUUGGAUAUUAAUUCUGAACCUUUUGGAAGACUGCCGCGCGGAGGAAGUGGUGCUGCUGAAUUCUAAAGAGACACAAGCAGAACUGGGCUGGACCUCAUUUCCCCCCAAUGGGUGGGAGGAGAUAAGCGGCGUGGAUGAAAAGUACAAGCCCAUCCGGACCUACCAGGUGUGCAACGUGAUGGAGCCCACCCAGCAGAACAACUGGCUGCAGACCGGGUGGGUGGCGCGGCAAGGAGGCCAGCGCAUCUUUGUGGAGCUCCAGUUUACGCUCCGCGACUGCAACAGCAUUCCCGGCGUGGCCGGCACCUGCAAGGAGACCUUCAACCUCCUUUACGUCGAGUCGGACCGGGACCUGGGCGGCGUGACCCGGGAGGACCGCUACACCAAGAUCGACACCAUCGCCGCCGACGAGAGCUUCACGCAGGGGGAUUUGGGCGAGAGAAAGAUGAAGCUGAACACCGAAGUGCGAGAGAUCGGCCACCUCAACCGCCGGGGCUUCCACCUCGCCUUCCAGGACGUCGGCGCCUGCGUGGCCCUGGUGGCCGUGCGGGUGUACUACAAGCGCUGCCUCGCCACCGUCCAGAACUUGGCCAUCUUCCCCGACACGGUGGCGGAGGCGGCCUUUUCCACGCUGGUGGAGGUGCGCGGCAGCUGCGUCAACAACUCUGAGGUGGACGCCGACAGCCCUCCCAGGAUGCAUUGCAGCGCCGAGGGCGAGUGGCUGGUGCCGAUCGGGAAGUGCAGCUGCAGCGCGGGCUACGAGGAGGGACACAGCAGCUGCGAAGCGUGUCCCCCGGGAUCGUACAAGAUGUCCUCCAGGCAGCAGGAGUGCUUCCCAUGCCCCGCAAACAGCGUCGCCGAGGAUGAGGGCUCGGUGGCGUGCGUGUGCGAGGAGGACCACUUCAGGACCCCCCUGGACUCGCCCUCCUCACCGUGCACACGUCCUCCCUCGCCACCUCGAGACUUGGUCUACACCCUGAAGCAGUCGACUCUCAUCUUGGAAUGGGGCGCACCAUCGGACACGGGUGGCAGAGUCGAUCUGACCUACACCAUGGGUUGCCGGCGGUGCGCCGGCCGGCAGUGCGAGCCCUGCGGCGCGAGCAUCGGCUUCGUGCCUCAGCAGGUGGGCCUGGCGGAGAGAACGGUGACCGUGGUCAAUCUCCUUCCCAACACCAACUACACCUUCACCGUGGAAGCUUUGAAUGGAGUGUCGGAGCUGCUGCCCGGCAAGAGGUUCUACACCCAGGUCAACGUGUCGACAAGCUUGCCUGCGUCAUCUCUGGUCAGUCAACUCCGAGCCGAGAAGAUUGAGGAGAAGAGCAUCACGCUGGUGUGGAGGCAGCCUUCGUCGCCAAACAGCAGCAGGACGGAAUAUGAAGUCAAGUACUACGAAAAGGAGCAAAAGGACCAGAGUUAUUCCACCAUGAAAACGGCCGCCACCCGGAUCAGCGUCAACAACCUGAAAGCCGGCACCACCUACGUCUUCCUCAUCCGUCCCUUCACCACGCCCGCACCCUCCUCAUCCCUGGCUUCGUCCCCUCUCUCCUCCUCCUCCUCCUCCUCCUCCUCCACGUAUCCCUCGUCCUCAUCCUCCUCGUCCUCCUCGUCCUCGUCUCCUCCUCCCAUCGACUACGGAGCCUACAGCGCUCCCCUGGAGCUGCAGACUCUGGGAGAGUUGGCUCUAGCGUCCAGUGAACAGAGUCCAGUGGUGAUCAUCGCCAUCGUGUCGGUGGCAGCGCUCGUCAUGCUCCUCUCCAUGGGAGUGGGACUGCACAUCUGGAGAAGACAAUGCGGCUACAGCAAAACCUCUCAAGAGGGAGACGAGGAACUUUACUUCCAAUUCAAGAUUCCCACACGAAGGACCUACAUUGACCCAGAGACUUGCGAGGACCUGCUGCAGGCGGUCCAUGCCUUUGCCAAGGAGUUGGACAACUCCAGCAUCAAGAUAGAAAGGAUUGUUCACACAGGCGACUUUGGCGAGGUGUGUCGCGGCUGCCUCAAGCUGCCGAGCAAGAGAGAGCUGCCGGUGGCCAUCAAGACACUGCGAGCGGGCUGCUCGGAGAAACAGCGGCGUUUAUUCCUCAGCGAGGCCGGCAUCCUGGGCCAGUUUGACCACUCCAACAUCAUCCGGCUGGAGGGCGUGGUCACCAGCGGUAACACCAUGAUGAUCAUCGUGGAGAGCAUGUCUAAUGGAGCCUUAGACUCCUUCCUGAGGAAACACGAGGGUCAGCUGAGCGUAAUGCAGCUGAUGGAUAUGCUGACUGGUGUGGCGUCGGGGAUGAAGUACCUCGCCGAAAUGGGCUUUGUUCACAAGCGCCUGGCUGCACACAAGGUUCUGGUGAACGCCAACCUGGGCUGCAAGGUGUCUGGCUUCAGACCUCUUCAAGAGGACAAAAUAGAGGCUAUCUACACGACCCUGCACGGAGGGAAGAGCGUGGUGCUGUGGACCGCUCCAGAGGCCAUCCAGUAUCACCGCUUCUCCUCGGCUUCAGAUGUCUGGAGCUUUGGUAUCGUCAUGUGGGAGGUCAUGUCCUACGGGGAGAGGCCCUACUGGGAUAUGGGCAACCAGGAUGUGAUCAAGGCCAUCGAGGACGGAUUCAGGCUGCCUGCGCCGGUGAGCUGUCCUCCACAUCUGCAUCAGUUAAUGCUGGACUGCUGGCAGAAGGAGAGAACAGAGAGACCCAGCUUUGGUCAGAUACACUCAGCGCUCAGCAAGAGCAUCCGCUCCCCCGACGCCAUCGGCUCCUCCACGUUGGCACGAAGGACUCUGAGUUCUUCCAUUACACUAGCAGAAAGGCCUCUCCCCACCUUCCCGUCGUUUAACUCGGUGGGAGAGUGGCUGGACGCUGUGGACAUGGGCCGAUACAAGGACAACUUCACUGCCGCAGGAUACUGCUACUUGGAGUCGGUGGCACGGAUGACUGUACAAGACGUACUAAGUCUGGGCAUCACUUCCCUGGAGCACCAGAAGCUGAUCCUGGCCGCCAUCCAGACCCUGAGGGCCCAAGUCAUCCAAAUGCACGGACGGGGGGUGCAAGUGUAACCGACCGUCACCCGCAGACCGCCACCAGGCACCUGCAGACGUGGACGACGGGG